CAUAAAUAUUACUCCUGCCACAUAAAAUGAAACAGUGAGUAUGGUGCAGGUUCAUAUAACAAGAAUUUUUGUUUUUUCUAAAAAAAAUCUUUUUAUGUAAUUUUCACGUUGGCGUGAAGUAAAAAUGAAGGGAAGUUUGAUAGAGUUGUCGAGAAGAGUUUUGCGACCCCCAAAUAUCCUGAAUGGGCGAUUAUAUUGCUCUUUUCCUUCACCAUCUUCUCUCCCUCCCAAUAACAAGCUCUUCGUCGCUGGUUUGUCAUGGUCUGUAGAUGAGAAGUCGCUGAACGACGCAUUCUCUUCUUUCGGGCAAGUAACAGAAGUAAGGAUAAUGUACGAUAAAGAAACUGGCCGAUCAAGGGGCUUUGGAUUUGUUUACUUCUCAAAAGACGAAGAGGCCAUCUGUGCAAAAGAUGCCAUGGAUGGAAAGGCACUUUUAGGUCGUCCAUUGAGGGUAAGCUUUGCCCUUGAAAAGGUUCGUGGUGCACCUGUUGUUGUUCCUCGACUUACAGGCACUGGAAAUGUCGAUAAUAAGACUCGUUGACUUUUGUUUGCGGUAGUGCCCCUGGCCUUGAGGAGUGGUUUUCUGCAGCAUUUUUUCAGUUAAGUGAACGUACCAUGUGAUUACUGGAUGAAUUACCUCUAUGAGCGCUUAAUAAAGGAGUUUAUUAUGUGUGGGAAUUGACAUUAUGUUGAUUUGAGUUGUACGCACUUGCUAUACAUACCGAAAUACAAUUGAAAUCUUAUGCCGCAACCAGGAAAUUGUUGCAGCUCUCUUCGUGUACCCUCGUUUGGUUGCUUCAGAGAAUUAGUUAUGCAAAUUCAGUUAUUCCA